AUGGGCAGCCGACCGCGCAGCACCACCGCCUACCUUGAGGACCCGUGGGAACCGCAGGACGGAGGACCCGGCCCUGCCAAGCGCCCCAAGUCCGAGCCUGAGGCGGCACCCAGCCUGGAUAACCUGACCUGGUCCCCGACAGCGGGCACCCUCAUUUUCGUGGCUGUCCUGCCGGCGGGAUGUGCUCUGCACGUGCUCCUGGACGACGUCGAACUGCUGCUGGAGCCCGAGCCAACGUCUGUGAGGCAAGUGUGUCUUGGAGGUCGCAUCCUCAUGCUGGUCCCCGAGGCCCUCCUGGGCUCGGGUGUGAAAGGGCCGUGGGGGCAGGGCCUAGAACCGGGCGCUGUCCUGAGCCCUCCCGGGGAGUACGUGGCCCUGGAGCCGGGUCUCUUCUGUGCCGCUGUCCCAGAGAUCGCCUGCCAGGGAGAGGCCAGCAAGGAGGACGCGAAUGCUGACGCUGACUUCCUGCGGGGCGGGAUGGAUGCUGCCUCAGUCCCAGUCGCUGGGCUCCGCUCUUCUGCUGGAAGUUUGACUCACUUUGACCUGUUCGACCUAGUCUCAGAGCCCUCCCCUCGGGCCUCCAAUCCUAGUCCAGAGAGAGGCUCUCCUCAGCACGACGACAACCUGGACUUGCACCUUCUGGAGCCCUUUCCUGACUCACCACUGCAACCUCUACCUCCUUCUCCGAGUCCAGGUCCCCAGGAGCGCCCCUGUCGCCCUCCUGGUCCUCCUUGCAAGGCCCGGAGAUGCCUGUUCCCUGAAUCCACUGCCUCCCACAAUUCCUGGACACCUGAGCAGGCACCAGGACAGAGUCUCCUGAUGUUGGCUGUGUACAUACUGCACACACCGAAAGAAUCACACGAAUAG